UCUCUCUCUAUUUCUUUAAUAAUCCAAAUCUCUUUCUCGAACACCAUUUCUUUAAUAAUCAAAAUAUCUCUUUCCAUUAGUUCAAAUCUCUCACUCAAACAUCAUUUCUUUAAUUAUUCGAAUCUCUCUUCAAAUACCAUUUCCUCUAAGAAUCCAAACUCUCCAUCAAACACGAUUCCCUCUCUCUCUCUCUCUCUCUCUCUCUCUCUCUCUCUCUCUCUCUCUCUCUCUCUCUCCAUAACCACGUACAAACACAAACUCCAUUCCUUCCAUGCACCUGCUCUAGUUCUCUCUCUUUCACAUAUGGACUCCCUCUUCUUGCUAGAGAAAAAUGCCCGCACCAGCUUACUCAAAACCAUAGCUCAGGCCUUUGGCUGCACCUACAUUUGCUUAUGGUCCUAUCUUCCUCCACCCGACCACUGCUUAUUCUCAAUGGAUGGUUGGUGCAAUGAAGAUUACAACCGUCCGAGCUCCUCCACUAGCAGCUUCCCCAAGAGGCUUUUCGAUGAGUACCGCCAGUCUUUCUACACCAUUGAAAAUAGUUGCGUCCCAGGGUUCGCUUUCAAGGCAGGCCUUCCUUACCUAGAGCUACAAGAUACCGAUCUUUUGAAUUUGGCUUCAAAUGAAACUCAACGGCAGUUUUAUCAGGAAGCAGGUAUUAAGACUGCUGUUUUCAAUGGGUGCAAAACAGGAGAGAUAGAAUUAGGCAUGUCGAUUCCACCCCAGUUUAACAUGGAGAUGGAGAUUAGGAAACUGUUCGCAGAAGACUUCAUUCAGCAGUUUCAAUUGAGAGAGGCCCACCUUCCUGAUCAGAGCCGACCAUCAUCUUCUUCCUCAUCAUUGAGAUCGCUUUCCAUGGGAAGCCCUGAGUACUCAGCCCUUGGUCAGGUUAACACCGUGAGCACGUCUUACAUGACUGAUGCUUUCCAAGAAACUCCAAUCCACCGAGCAACCAAACCAACAUUCGUUCCACUCCCAACUCACCACCAAUCAAUGCAAGCUUACGGCCAGAGCCGCAAUUUUCAAUUGCCAACUCCAGAAAGUGCUGAUGCGGCAAUGGCAAGAGCCAUGAUUGCAGUCAUGUCUUCUCCUUCAUCUUCAUCGUCGGCCUACGAAGCACAACAACCUCACAGAGGCCAACAUCAGGCAACCAACCAAAGAGGAGCAUUCAAGCGCUAUGUGCCAUCUCUCACCCCCAAGAUUGAAAUAAAGCCCAAGUCUCAUAGCCAAAACAUGAUUAUGCGAGCGCUCGCUUACUUAAGAACGAUGAAAGUGCCCACGCCGGAGACACGCCCAACUGGCCCAACUAGCAAUCAAUUGCACCAUAUGAUAUCAGAGCGGAAGCGGCGAGAGAAGCUCAAUGAAAGCUUUCAAGCACUGAAAUCACUACUCCCUCCAGGAUCUAAGAAAGACAAGGCAUCGGUGCUCGCCAACACUAGGUUGUACUUGAGUUCUUUGAAAGAUCAGGUUUCCGAGCUUCAGGAGAAGAACCGGCUUUUAGAAAUACAACUAGCACCGACUAAUGCAGCUAAAGAAGAAGUCGAUAUUGGGAAUGAAAGAACAGUGAUUCGAGUUACUGAAGCAUCUGAAUCGUCGUCUGAAUCGAGAGUAAUCGAGUUGCAUGUGAUGGUGAGGGAAGAAGAUUGUGAGAUUGUAGAUUUGCUUCUCCACUUGCUUGAAUGCUUGAAUCAAAUGCAAGGUGUGAGCUUUGUAUCCAUGGAAGCAGACACUCGGUUGCACCAGACGAAUUCUUUCCAUCGAGCGAUCUUGAGACUAAAGAUUAAGGCUAGUGAUUGGAAUGAGGAGUCGUUCAAGGAAGCCAUGACGCGAGCUGUUGCUGACGUGGCACGACGGAAGACGUCCAGUUCAUAACUCUUCUUCAUCCGGGAGGUGGGGCCCAUCUCAUGUCGCCCAUAUUGACCGCAAAUUACAAAAUAUCGUUGAUCCUCUUGCCAUUCAAACAAGGCCAGCAUCAACUGAGAAACUUCCAAAGUUAUCAAGAUUCCUAUCCUCCGGCAUGUAUUGUACGAAAUCCAAGGUUUUGCUAAUCCUACUCGCAGACACCCAGGAGGGAAAGACGCCAAAAUUUACCACGUGUAUGAGAUCCAAGCCAUUCAUUAGCCCAAUCCUAGGAUGCAGAUUGCGUCUGGGCAGGGCUGUGGGCGCUCCCAGUCUAGCGACACAUGCGUGUGUACAAGCAUAGGACCGACAGUGAACGGGACAAAAAGGCCAUUUCAUCUACGGAACUUUUACUUUUUCACUUCAGAUCCCAUACUUAUACACGCGCACGUGCCGCUCCGCACGAGCGAACUGCACAAAUGCGGGAAGCUGGAUAGCUAGAGAAAGAAAAAUGUUCACAUGCAUUUGCAUGUGUUCCUACCCGAUGGUGCAUUGCCCGCAUGAUGAAUGGCCUGGAUCUCUCACACGUGUCAGAUGUUGGCAUGUGGGCCAGCGAGUAGGUCUUAGAUUGAGAGAUGCGAGUAAUAGUACUAAUCAAAAGUGGCGAGCUGGUCGUUGUACGAGGGCGCAGACACAGACAUUCGAAGCGCCUCUUUUUCUUUUCGUUUCAUUAUCUUUUUUGAUGCAGAAUAUAUCAUUAACAUUAAUUCGUUUCCCUUAGAUGAGAAUAAAAUGGUUAUUUUUCAGACGGCGCGUUUGACUGACU